CUGAUCCUCCACUGUUCGUCAGACUGUAUCCGGUCCACCAGCCUGUGUGUCACCGUGUCUCAGGGUCAGCUGGAGUUUCUGUGAAGUUUUUACCUCAGUUUUGCUGAAACUCGUAAACACAGCAGCAGCUUCCGGGAUGAACGCGCUGCGGCGGUGUCACGUGCUGCGGUCGGUCGGGACCUGGAGAGAUUUCCAUGUGACUGCACCUGCGUUGACCUUUGACCUGAGAAAAGUUGAGUUGACGCCUCUGGAGCAGAGAAAACUCACCUUUGACUCCCACGCCAUGGUGACGGAGCUGGAGAACAGCGGUUUUGAGAAGCGUCAGGCGGAGCUGAUCGUCUCCGCUCUGGUCACUCUGACCACGGCGAACAUGGACAUCGUGUAUAAAGACAUGGUGACCAAAUCCCACCAGGAGAUCGCGGUGCAGCAGAUCAUGGCUCACCUGGACUCCAUCAGGAAGGACAUGGUGAUUCUGGAGAAGAGCGACUUCGCCAACCUGCGAUCUGAAAAUACCAAAAUGAAGAGAGAGCUGGAGCAGCUGACCAACAGACUGAAGGAGGAGAGUCAGAAAGUCCGAGCAGAAACUAAACUGGACAUCAACCUGGAGAGCAGCAGGAUCUCUGACAUGUUCACUGAGCAGGAGAAGAAACUGAUGGAGGCGACAACAGAGUUUUACCACAAGAAAGCCGACCUGGAGAACGACAACAUGGAGAUCAAUAAGAAGAUCGACCUGCAGGUAGCGUCUCUGAAAACCGUCCUGGAGUCUCUGAAGCUGGAGACGGUUCGUUACCUGGCAGCCACCAUCUUCUCCUGCCUCGCCAUCGCCCUGGGAGUCUACCGCCUGUGGAGGUGAAGGAUCCACCUGAUUCGGAUCACAGACCAGGACCAGGACCAAGACCAGGACCAGGACCAGGACCAGGAUCACAAUCAGGACCUAGACCUGGACGGUUAAAGCAGCAUAAACCAGAUCCACAUCCUGUAUUUCAGCCAUUUGUACUUUACUUGAAUAUAUAACUAAUAUUUUUUACAAGUAUCAGCAGUGAAAGUACACAAGUAUCCUCAGCUCCAUGUAUCAGCUGUGUACUUUUACUGAACACAGGACUUUUACUGGUGAUGAAGUACUUUUACAUGAGUGUAGUGGUACUUUUACCCACAGUAAAGUAUCCGAGUACUUAGUUAACAGAAUCAUGAGUAACGAGUAAAAAGAUAUUUUUACUUUUUAUAUUUUAACCAGUUGAUGUUUUACAUCGUUGUCAAUAAAGUUUUAUUGUUUUUGAGUUAAAAUGGCGUCUGUUUGUCUCAGUGAAUAAAACUGAUGAACAUGAUAAAUUAUAUUAAAACCUUCACUAACAGAA